AGGCCACCACGACCAUCAACUUGACUUCCAUAUCCAUCCUCUGAUUGCCACAGCGCGGAGCUCUGCAGCCUAACACGGGCCUUCAUACUCGACCCAGGUGCCAGUCCAACAGCCUCCACGGCUGGAAAAGCUUGCCCCUGCCCAGUUCAGCUGGGCCACAGCGCCCAUGGAUAAAGCGAUGCUGCCAAACCACCACGGACCGCCGGGGUCAUCCUACCAGCCGUCGCCCGAGCUCAACAAAGAUGGGCCGAUUAAGGAGGAAUCUUGGGACCAGACGAAAAAUGGAAAGAAAAAAAACUAUCAGCGCUACCCCAAACCACCCUACUCCUACCUCGCAAUGAUUGCCAUGGUCAUCCAAAAUUCUUCAGAGAAGAAGCUUACGUUGUCUGAGAUUCUAAAGGAGAUCAGUACACUUUUCCCUUUUUUCAAAGGGAACUACAAAGGCUGGCGGGACUCAGUGCGACACAACCUCUCUUCCUAUGACUGCUUUGUUAAGGUACUGAAGGAUCCUGGGAAGCCCCAGGGGAAGGGGAACUUCUGGGCCGUGGAAGUGAGCCGGGUGCCGCUGGAGCUCCUCAAGAGGCAGAACACUGCUGUGUCACGCCAGGAUGAGACCAUCUUCGCCCAGGAUCUUGCUCCUUACAUCCUGCAUGGGCACCAACAUAAGCCAGAUGCAGAGCCCCCGGCCCCCCCACCACCAAUCAUUGUUCUACCCCGAGGACCCAUCACAACCCCCCACCCCGGCCCCUCUUUCACCGCUCUAUCCCCCAUGCCCACCAGACAGCUCUCCCCCUCUCAGGAGGACCUGUACCGGCCCAAGCUGGACUCGUCCUUUGCCAUUGACUCCCUCCUCCACAGCCUGAGGCCGGCCAGCGAAGCAGGAGAACCCGACAGGGGCAGGGACUGCUGGGGGGUGGAGCCCCACUCUCGUCCUUCCCCUCCUCCAUGCGCUCGCUACUCCUCCGCCCGCAGCGCCUCAGCGAGCUCCGUCAGCCCCGCCUCAUCUUCCGAUGAGGACUGGAGGGGCGUGUCGCAAGGCGGGAAGCAGGUGCCCGAGGGUGAGGCGGGAUCAGACGGGUACGAGGACAGCAGACCCCCUCCACACAAGACUGCCCGCCGAGGCUGCCCCCCUCCCUGGGAGCUUCCCACCUCAUAUGCCAAGUACACACCGCCCAAUGCUGUGGCCCCGCCCAGCAUGCGUUUUAACGGAGGCCCUCUGAUGCCUCUGGGCAUGCCUCUGUAUGGUUACGGAGGGUCUCCUGUCACAUCCAGCCAUUUUGUAGGUCAUGCCUACUGGCCCCUCUUACCCAGUGGGCGCCCUCCCCUCAUUAUGGACCUGGACACUAUGCUCCAGUCAGUACCGCCCAAUAAGAGUGUGUUUGAUGUGCUGGGUCCACCCAAUCAGUCGUCUCACCAGCCUGCUGGUCAGUAUGCCCUGCAGAGUGAACCCCCUCUCAGACGUUAUCCCCAUUAUUGACUAUGACUCAAAUCAAGCAAGCACCGAACAUAUUGUAAGUGCAAUGCAGGGAUAAGAAUGACCUAUCCGUACAAACUUAACUUUGUGUCCCCAUUUAUUAAAUGUUUACAGAAGACCAAAUUGUAAAUUCAAAUGUACAACCACUAAUAUCUCCUUCAAAUAUACAACCACUAAUAUCUACCUCAAAUAUACAACCACUAAUAUUUACCUCAUUCUUAUGAAAUCAGUUAAUACAGGGAUGUUGCACUGCCCGCGUUUGCACGAUUGUAUUGUCAAUGUGAUGAAUUUUUCCUUUUAAGAAAUCUCUCUUAAAUGUUGCCUACCUCGACUAUUGAAUGUGUUUUUUCAGUGGAUUUUUUUUCCAGAGGAAAAGUAUUUUCUUCCUUUUGGUUUUUAUGGUUGUCUUUUGAAAAGCUUGUAAAUAUAUUUUAAGAUGUAAAACUGCAC